AAUUUUUUUAAAAAAAUGGUGGAUUUCCUAAUUACCAUUACAAUGAUAGGUGUCGUAUCAUGGGCUUUGAUAUUUAUGGUCACAAGAAGAAUUUUUUCGAAACGUUCAUUCGAAUUCAGCAACAGGUUGGUCUCAACACUUCAUGCCAUAGUCAGUGUCUCUUUGGCAUCUCUCUCUGUUCAAGAUUGGGGUUGCCCUCUUUGUCCCUUGGCUUCAAAAUCAUCUCCUCAACAGAUGAAGACUUUGGCGUUUACGUUGUCGUACAUGAUCUACGAUCUGAUAUGUUGUCAAUUCGAUAAGCGAGUCGUUCUUGAUAAUGUUGUUCAUCAUUUGGUUACCAUUGUUGGCAUUGUCUCUGGACUUUCCUACCAAAGGUGUGGAACAGAGAUGGUGGCUGCGUUAUGGAUAACAGAGAUAUCGAGUCCAUUUCUCCAUCUCAGAGAGCUUCUCAAAGAGUUUGGUUACAGAGACACUUGCCUCAAUCUUGCUGCCGACGUGUGUUUUGCAAUAAUCUUCUCAUUAGCGAGAAUGGUGGGAGGGCCUUGUCUCACUUACGCGACUCUAUCAUCUCCUAAUCCCUUCCUCAUCAAGGCAAUGGCAUUGGGCUUACAGCUGGUGAGCGCGUUUUGGUUCUACAAAAUCCUAAAGAUGAUGAAACAUAAACUCAAGAAAAGAUCCCACUUCAGACCACAAACCAAGUCAAACUAAUUGUACAACAAAUAUUGUGAUCUCAAUAUAUAUAUAUAAAUAAA